CUACUACCGCAAAACAAGAAACUACAGCUAGAGCUACUACUACUGAACAAGAAACUACAGUUAGAGAUACCACCCCCGAACAAGAAACAGAAACUACAGCUAGAGCUACUACCACCGAACAAGAAACUACAGCUAGAGCUACGACUACUGAACAAGAAACUACAGCUAGAGCUACCACCACCGAACAAGAAACUACAGCUAGAGCUACCACCACCGAACCAGAAACUACAGCUAGAGCUACCACCACCGAACCAGAAACAACAGCUAAAGCUACCACCACCGAACCGGAAACUACAGCUAGAGCUACUACCUCCGAACAAGAAACUACAGCUAGAGCUACCACCACAGAACCAGAGACUACAGCUAGAGCUACCACCACAGAACCAGAAACUACAGCUAAAACUACCACCACAGAGCAAGAAACGACCGCCGUAGCUACCACUACUGAACGCACUGCUACCACCACUGAACAAGCUGUUACGACCACUGAACACGCAGCUACGACCACUGAACAAGCAGUUACCACCACUGAACAAGCUGCUACCACCACUGAACAAG